AUGUCAGAAGCCUCGUCCCCGGAGUGUCAGCUGCUGAAGCCGUUGCUGAGAGGCCCCUGGUCUCGGGGCCCCUGUGGUCGCGGCCCCUGGGGACUGGAGCGCGGGCUCUCGGCUCCUGACGCCUCGUCUCUGCAGCUCAGUGAGAUGGUGUCUCUGCCGGUGCUCAUCAAACACUCUGUGACGGCUCCUCUCAUCACACAUGUGUCGCUGGUGAACAAGGCGGUGGUGGAUUUCUUCUUCACGGAGCUGGGGGUGGAGAAGCACUUUGAGGCGCUGCGGCACUUUCUGCUGAUGGAGGACGGAGAGUUUGCUCAGUCUCUCAGCGAUCUUAUCUUUGAGAAGAUGGGCAGUGGUCAGACACCAGGAGAGCUCCUCACUCCUCUGGUCCUGAACUCGAUCCUGAACAAGGCUCUUCAGUACAGUCUUCACGGUGAUUCUCCUCUGGCUUCAAACUUCACCUUUGCCCUGCGCUUCCUCCCAGAGACGUUCCACCCUCACGCCCCCGACUCCCUCAACUGCCUCGAGCUGCGCUACAAGGUGGACUGGCCUCUGAACAUCAUCAUCACCGACAGCUGUAUGAACAAAUACAAUCGUUUGUUCUCGUUCCUGCUGCAGCUGAAGCACAUGGUGUGGAGUCUGAGAGACGUGUGGUUCCACCUCAAACGCACAGCGGUGGUGAAGGGUGCGGGGGGCUCGGUGCAGUUCCGGCAGCUGCAGUUGUACAGACAUGAGAUGCAGCACUUUGUGAAGGUGAUCCAGGGCUACCUCUCCUCUCAGAUCCUGCAGGUCUCAUGGAGCGAGUUCAUCACCAAACUGUGCUCCGCCACCGACCUGGACGCCAUCCACCUCCUCCACGCCGACUACCUCAACAGGGCCAUCUUCAGGGGUUUGCUCACAGACAAAGCCGCUCCGGUCAUGAACAUCAUCCACAGUAUUUUCAGUCUGAUCCUGAAGUUCCGGGCUCAGCUGAUCGCACUGCCCUGGGAGCGCCACCAGGGGGAGGCAGUGCACCCCAGCUUCAUCGCUAUGCAACAGUCCUACAACACCUUCAAGUACUACUCACACUUCCUCUUCAAAGUUGUGACCAAACUGGUGAACAGAGGCUACCAACCACAUCUGGAAGACUUCCUGCUUCGAAUCAACUUCAACAACUACUACAAAGACUCCUGA